GGGUAGGUCGAAGUUCCGUUGUAUGUUACAUAUCGGAGAAAGUGUUCCAGUUUCAGUGCAAGAUUCAUCAAGAGGAUAAAAAAAGCUUAAAAAGGUCAAAAGCAUUUGAUGUCGAGUCGAAUCAAUAAAUAUUAAAUUAUAGUUUAAAGAGGACCAUCUACGCCAAAAAGUUCUGCACGUGUACGGAUGAGUGGAAUCUCUAACCUUGAAAAUUUUAAACAAUCUCGUCUCUAUAAGAAUAACUGUAGCAAAUUUACUUCAUCCAUUAUAUAAUUAAUUGCAAAAUGACAGAUCAAGCUAUUUCUUCAAAAGAUAAUUAUGAAUAUGAAAUGGAUGGAACAAGUGAUGAUGAUAGCGGAGAUGAUUGGGAAGAAGUGACAGAAGAUUUUGAAUCUAUACCGUGCCUUUUUUGUAAUGAAGUUGCCAAUAACUUUUCUAUAGCACUAGAGCAUCUAAUAGCUUCACAUAGAUUUGAUUUAAAAAACUUUAUAAUCAAACAUUCUUUAGAUACUUAUUCCUAUAUUAAAUUGAUUAAUUUUAUUAGACAUAAAAAUGUUUUACCUGAUCAGCUAAAUGCAUUGAACAUAAAAACAUGGGAAAGUGAGGAAUACUUAAGACCUGUUAUAGAAGAUGACCCUUGGUUAAUGUUUGAUAUUGAAGAUUUAGAAGAAAAGACAACGAAGCCUAUUGCAUAUACUGUGAAUUCAGAAAAUGGGUGUGUCACAUUAUCUGAGGCACAUUUUGCCGAAUUACAAAGAACAAUACAAACACUUAGAGCACAAUUGGAACAACGUGAAUCAGCAUGUCUUUUGGCAAUACAGCAAAUAGAUGAAAUGGCAGAAAAAGCACAAAAAUUGAUCUUAGAUGGUGAUUUAGAUGAAAACAAUGCUCUCAGCUCUUCUGGUAAUUCUAAUUGUAAUGUUGAUAAGGGUUACUUUAAUAUUUACAGCCAUUUUGCUAUACACCAUGAGAUGUUAACAGACAAAGUACGAACCGAAAGUUAUAGAGAUGCAUUCUUAACAAAUGCUAACAGAUUUGGUAAUUGUGUGAUAUUAGAUGUUGGUUGUGGAACUGGAAUUCUGUCUAUGUUUGCAGCAAAAACUGGAUGCCGCAAAGUAAUUAGUGUUGAUCAAUCAAAUGUAAUAUAUCAUGCAAUCGAUAUAGUGAGAGAAAAUAAUUUAAGCGACAUUAUCACUUUAAAAAAAGGUCGGCUGGAAGACAUUAAUCUCGAUGAAGAUAAAGUAGAUGCGAUUGUGUCUGAGUGGAUGGGAUAUUUCCUUCUAUUCGAGGGUAUGUUAGAUACAGUGAUAUAUGCGAGAGAUAACUAUUUGACUCCUGGUGGAAUACUUCUUCCUAAUAGAUGCACACUCAGUAUUGUGGGAAGUGGAGAUACUAGGAGAUAUGUCGAACUUAUUGAUUAUUGGUCGAACGUGUAUGGUUUUAAAAUGAGCUGUAUGAAAGCGGAGGUUUUACGCGAACCGAGUAUAGAGAUUUGUAACGCCGACGAAUUAAUAACUAGCACUGUUGAGAUACAAGCAUUCGAUUUAUACAAAGUAACGAAAGAUUGCGUAAAUUUUUCAUCGCCUUUCGAAUUUAAAGUAAAAAAGACUGGAUCGUUAACUGCGAUUGUUGGCUAUUUUGAUAUCUUCUUUGACUUGGACAAUCCAAUUUAUUUUAGUACGGGACCUUAUUCGCCUCCAACACAUUGGAAGCAAACAGUAUUUUCAUUGAAUGAACCUAUUAGCAUUACCGAAGGGGAAAUUUUACGUGGUAAAUUAGUCUGUCGUAGACAUGUUAGAGAUAUUCGAGGACUCAUGGUUACAAUUCAUAUUAAGAAUACUAGCCAGGUUUAUUACUUAGAAUAAUCUAAUGAUAUUCGCUUUGAAGUCUACUUAAUAGACGUAAGUGCCAAAAAGGAAAAAAAAAGAAAAAGAAAAAACAAAUAACAUAGGGUCCAUAACAGCUUGCUGGCUAUAAAAUUGUUGAUGACUAUCAUUAAAAAUUAAAUAAUAGAUGAAAUAUGGUUUAAAAAGCGUAGGAAAAA